AAAAUUGCGCUGAGUUCAAGGGUAUGUGAUUAAAUUUGGAAACAGUGCAAGAUCAUUCUUAUAAAUCGUACAACAUCCGCUCAAUAAACCUGUUUAAGCGUUAAUAUGCUAAAUGUCUUCAUCUGUGAAACAUCUAUUAUAUUUUUCUUUAACUAUUAUAGAGCUUGUAGAGUUUGUAGCUAUUUGGUAGUGUUGUAAGGUCUCGUUCGUCAUAACCGCGCCGUUUAACACGAGCAUACGUAAUUGCCAAUGGGAAAGUCAGACUUUUUAUUGAGAAAAAAAAGGUGGAACAAGAAAAUCAUACAUAUUCAGUGAAUCACAAGAAAUCCUUCAUAUUCUUCUACCUUCAAAAUUCUAUGUGUGUAUCAGACACGCGGAGUUUCGUUGGAUGCUAACUAAUUGAUCAUGGGAAUGAUCAGUUAUCUUGCUCUACUGGCUGUGGUCUUUAGCUGUGCCAAUGCAAUUCCAUAUUCAAAAUAUGGAAGAUCUUGCAGUGACAUUGGAUGCCUUAGCUCUGAAGUGUGCGUGAUGGCCUUUGAUUCGUGUUCAUAUGGUCAGCGCGAGAACAAAGAGUGUGGUCGAUAUCCAACAUGCCGCAAGAGUGGUGCAGCGGGAGGAAGUACUGGACCAGCUACUUCUCAAUCCUCGUUUCCAUCGAAUACCCCCGAUAAUACAUACCCCUCCCUACCAUCUGCUCCUGUGGCACCUGUUGCUCCUGCUGCACCCGAACCUCCGCGUCCUUCCUACCCAACCCAUGGUGGUGGAUCAAACUACCCAUCCUCAACUGGCGGCGGCUACAACAAUAACGUCAAUUCAGGUGGCUAUGUUCCACCAGGCUAUGGUGGUGGAAGUUCCUACGGCGGAGGAAGUUCCUACGGCGGAGGAAGUUCAUACGGUGGAGGAAGCUACGGUGGCGGAGGUUAUGGUGGUGGUGGGGAUCCUUAUGGGAAUAGAGGGGGAUACCAACCCAUGACCACGAAAAAGCCAAAGUCUUCCUCAACGGACUCCCUUGGGGGAUUCUUCUCUGGUAUUUUAUCAAGUGGAUUCAAUAGCAUCAUUCAGAAUGCCCUUGCCGGUCAAGGUGGUACAACCGGCACUCGUGGAAGUUCCGGAGGUUCUGGUGGACUUAGCAGCCUCUUCGGUGGUGGUUCAUCUUCAGGAGGUACAAGUGGACUCAGUAGCCUCUUUGGCGGUGGCUCAUCAGGUGGCACCGGUGGACUAAGCAGCCUCUUCGGAGGGGGUUCUUCCGGAAGUUCCGGUGGACUUGGGGGAUUAUUCGAUACACGGCACUUGAUUGAAAAUCGCAACUACGGUGGUUUAUUCAGUGAACAAAACCCUUCGAGCAGGGGAUCAACAACAGGUGGGUCCUCUUCCACAUCACGUGGUGUGGGAUACCCUACUCAGCCUCCAUCUAAUCAGUAUGCCUCAAUGUAUACUGGAGGAAGUAGUUCCACUGGUACACAAACAGGGACUUCCCAUCAAUCAGGGAAUACUCAAUACGGCUGGAAAGUUUAAUAUUAAAUACCUAAUCCUGAAUCUAUAUAAAUUAUUAAGUCAAUGUACCUAUAAAAAUUUGAAAAAAUUUCCAGUUUAUACAUAUCACAGAAAAUACUCAACAUAAUUAAUUAUGAAUGUUGUUUGCAUGAAAAUUAUAAUAAUAAUAAUAAAGGGACUCUUGUAAAGAUUUUAAAUACGUUUUUUACAGCUAAAUUUUACAAAUUAAUACUCUCAUUCAAUUUUAAUUAACUGCGUUUUAAAAUUUUCAUAAUUGAUUUACAAAAGUUGUGUUUGAAUGAAGCAAUUAAAUAAAAUAAAAAUAUUUAUUUUUAAACUCCCCUAAAUAAAGUUAAUUUAAAAAUAGAUUGUAUGCGAAAAUCCAAGUGAACAUCAAUAAAUAAAAUAACACAGCUCAAAA